CCUGCCUGUUCACACAUUCGGCUAGUGUCCUGUGAAUUAAUUUGUAAUCUGUAUAUUAUGAUAAGUAAGUUGUUACCUACUUAUAAGGAUAUUAGGUAUAUAAAUCAAUUUACUAGUUAGUAGUGAGGUUAGUAGUUCAGAGUUUAAAGCAGAGUUUAAAACGUGCAGUUUUACAUUCAACAACACAUACCAUACCUGUAAGUAAGUUUUUUGUAUUUUUUUUAAUAGCAGCUAAUUUUUCGCAUAAUAAAAAUAUACAGGAACGUCCAAACUUUUUUCUAACAUUCUGAUAUAAUUUUCUUAUCUUUCUAAUUCUUCGGUAAUAGUUAGGGACCCAUAGCUUAAGUACAAAUAUAUCUAAAUAUAAUUUACGAACAGUUCCUAUUGUAUCCGAACUUUUAAGUCUGUAAGUAUUAUUAGUUUCUUUUAUUCUUAUUUAAAUUAUGUUGCGACUUACAAUAUGAAUAUUUAGAUUUAGAAUAACUCAUGAGGAAAAAUGUUUAGUUCAUUUUCAUUCACUGCAGUGAAAUGUGGCACUUUGCUGUUUUUUUGUUGUUGAUUUAUUAUUUAAUUAAUAGGAGAAAUUCCAAAUAUUUAUUAUAUCCGCCAGGUCCUUACUCUUUACCCAUCAUAGGAAAUCUUUUAUCAGUAUGGAUGGGAUUGAAGAAUCACAAAUACCACCAUAAGUUGUGGCAAUCGUGGUCGAAGAUUUAUGGUAACAUUCUUGGUUUGAGGCUGGGCUUGAUAAACGUUGUGGUCGUUUCCGGGAGAGAUAUGAUUAAAGAAGUUUCAUCUAGAGAGGUGUUUGAGGGCCGGCCUGAUGGAUUCAUGUAUACCAUGAGGUCCUUUGGAAAGAAACUUGGAAUUGUGUUUGGUGAUGGCCGCCCUUGGAGCAACACUAGGCGAGUUGCUUUGAAGUACCUUCGAAGUUUUGGAUAUGGUACUCGAUCCAUGGAAGUUAUCAUUGCGGAGGAAUGCUCGGAACUAGUAAAAUUGCGCGCCAGUGACUCUGGCCAGCCAGUACUUGUAAACCAAAUGUUUAAUAUUUCCGUUAUCAAUAUACUGUGGCGCGUCGUAGCAGGACGUAGAUACGAUUUAAAUGAUGACCGAGUGAAGCACCUCUGUGGCCUUGUGAUGCGGCUAUUCCGGUUGGUCGACAUGAGCGGAGGCAUCAUCAGCUUCAUGCCGUUCCUCAGGCACCUGGUCCCGAAACUAAUCGGGUUCACUGAGAUGAAGGCUAUACACGCCAGUCUGCAAACUUUUGUUAAAGAAACUAUAGAAGAGCACAAAGCCAGCAUCGACAUUGAAAAUCCCCGCGAUGUUAUCGACGCCUUUCUCAUUGAAAUGCUGUCGAACAAGGAAAAUGCUUUCACAGAAGAAGAGCUAUAUGUCGUGAGCUUAGAUAUGCUUGAAGCCGGCAUGGAAACCGUGGCCAACACAGCGGUUUUCAUGCUCCUUUACUUAGUGCGAGAUGAAAAUAUUCAAAGGAAAGUGCAAAAGGAGAUUGACGAUGUCAUUGGUAUCAGACAGCCUUCUUUAAGCGACAGAUCCAGAAUGGUCUACACUGAAGCAGUUUUACUGGAAACACUGAGAUUGUCAAGUGUUGCUGCAAUGGGGAUUCCUCAUAUGGCCCUUGAAGAUGCUCAUCUGGGGGAAUACCUCAUUCCAAAGGGCACUUUCCUCUUGAUGGCAAUACACGAUCUGCACAACGGCGACCUCUGGGAAGAAGCAGACACUUUCAAACCAGAACGGUUUUUGAAUGAAGGAAAACUGGUUCAAGACGAACGACUCAUUCCGUUUGGCUUAGGUCGUAGACGAUGUAUUGGGGAAGGACUGGCCAAAUCGGAACUCUUUAUGUUCUUGACUCACAUCCUGCAGAAAUUUAAUCUUCGAAUUCCCCAUGGAGACUCACUGCCAUCUUUAGAGCCCGUUGAUGGACUCACCCUUUCUGCUAAUCCUUUUAGUGUUAUUUUUGAACAAAGAUCUUCAUAGAUGUUUAACUUUGUUAAACUUGCUAGAUUAGAUUUUUUAUUAUUAUUAAUAUACUUUUUCUUUCAUUUAAAAUAUAAUAAAAUAAGUAUAUAGGUUUAUGAUUAAAAUCUAUCCAAAUAUAUUUAAUAAACUAUCUAAUAUCCCAUGAGCCUGAAUCUUCGCUUCACAAUUAGCUCAAAAAGUCUUAUCUUGUAUUGCCAUAUGUGUAAUUACGAUAUACGUAUCUACAUAAAAGAAGGAAUUGUUUUUUAAAGAAAAAUAUACAAACAAAAAAUUAUUUACGUUAUUAUUUGUAACUACAAUUUGAAAACAACUACACAUAUGGAUCGACCGACUGUGAUUCCGAUUGUAAACGAUAUUUAACUAAUCUAUAUAUAUAUAUAUAUAU